AUGACUCCACCCACUCACAAGAUACACUGUGUCCUAGUCCUUCCCCCAGAAUCUGUGAAUUCCUCUGAAGAAACCAGCAGUGAGGUCUCAGAAGAGCUCCCCCCAGUCAGUGCAAAAAUCUCUGGUGGCGUUCUUUGCUCUCCGGACUCGCAGCCCUGGCAGGCAGCACUGUUCUACAACAACACUGUGAAUUGCUCCGGAGCUCUGAUUCAUCCCCAGUGGGUGCUGACAGCUGCGCACUGCUGGAGACCAUCCUUCACCAUUGGUUUUGGCCUGGAAAGCAUUUCCCCUCCGUAUUCACCAUGCAUCCAGAUGAUUAAGGCUAACUUCUCUGUGCAACACCCAAAUUUUAGCAUGACUUCAGAGCCCUAUGAUAUCAUGCUCAUCAAGUUGAGCAAACCAGUUGUGCAAACAGACACUGUCCGGACCAUCCCCAUCGCCUCUAAAUGUCCAAAAGCAGGAAUGAAAUGCUUGGUCUCCGGCUGGGUCCAACAGAAUGAUAAACUAAGGUGUGUGAUUGUUCGAUUUCGAAAGAAAAAUGUCUGCAAAAAAGUGUAUGGAGACUUGCUUCACCGUACUAUGAUCUGCGCUGGUGGAGAUGGCAUCAGAGAUUCUUGUGGGGGAGACUCUGGAGGCCCCCUGGUCUGCAAAGGCGUUCUGCAGGGCAUCGUGUCCUGGGGAUUCCCUCCCUGCGGGCAACCUGGAAUCCCAAGCAUCUACACCAAUGUCUGCAAAUUCACAAAGUGGAUAGAGAAAACUAUCCAGGAGAACUAA